AUGAGCGGCUUGGGGCAGCGGGUCCGCAACACGUACGCGUCGGGCGCGCCGGCCAACUAUGUGCCCGGUCUGGGCCGCGGCGCCGUGGGCUUCACGACGCGGUCGGACAUCGGCCCGGCGCGCGCGCCCAUGGCGCAGGACGGGACGCAGGACGCGCCGUUCCUGCCGCCGGGUGCAGCUGCCGGGCGCGGCCUCCCGGGCGCCGGCCGCGGCUCGGGCACCGCCGGCAUGGGCGGUUUCGGCCGCGAGAAGGACGAGAACGAGGACUUCGGCGACUACAGCGAGACCAACUACGACGAGUUCUCGGGCUACUCGUCGCGCGGGCUGUUCCAGGACACGCCGUACGACCAGGACGACAAGGAGGCGGACGACGUGUACGAGCAGGUGGACGCGCGCAUGGACUCGCGGCGCAAGAGGAGGCGCGAGCUCAAGCAGCUGGAGGAGCUCAAGAAGGCGCGGCGCGAGAUGCCCAAGAUCAGCGACCAGUUCGCCGACCUCAAGGGCUCGCUGCAGAGCAUGUCGGACGCCGAGUGGGACAUGAUCCCGGACAUCGGCGACUACUCGCUCAAGUACAAGACCAACACGGCGCUGCAGAAGCGCAACGAGAUGUUCGCGCCCGUGCCUGACAGUCUGCUGGGCGCCAACGCCGGCCAGUCCACGGCCGCGGCCGUGGCCGGCACCGUCACGCCCGGCGUGGACACGCCCAGCAGCGGCAUGGCCAGCUCCGUCACGGGCCUGGCCGGGGCCAGAGGCGCGCAGCUGUCGCACAAGCUGGACAAGAUGUCGGACUCGAUCUCCGGCCAGACUGUGGUGGACCCCAAGGGUUACCUGACGGACCUCAACAGCCUCAAGCUGACCAGCGACGCCGAGAUCGGAGACAUCAAGAAGGCGCGCCUGCUGCUGAGGUCGGUGACCAUGACCAACCCCAAGCACGGCCCGGGCUGGAUCGCGGCAGCCAGACUGGAGGAGGUGGCCGGCAAGAUCGUGCAGGCCAGGAAGAUCAUCGCGCAGGGCUGCGAGUCCUGCCCCACGCAGGAGGACGUCUGGCUCGAGGCCGCACGUCUGCAGAACCCGGAGAACGCCAAGACGAUUCUGGCCAAGGCUGUUCGACAUGUGCCCAAGUCGGUCAAGGUCUGGCUGCAGGCGGCGCAGCUGGAGAACGACGACGAGCUCAAGAAGCUCGUGAUGCGGCGCGCGCUCGAGUUCAUCCCCAACUCGGUCAAGCUGUGGAAGGCUCUGAUCGAGCUGGAAGAUGUGGAUGGCGCGCGUAUUCUCCUGGGUCGCGCGGUUGAGUGUGUCCCGCAAGCUGUGGAUCUGUGGCUUGCGCUGGCGCGUCUUGAGACGUACGAGAACGCCAAGAAGACGCUGAACAAGGCGCGCGCAGCCAUCCCGACGGAGCCCUCGAUCUGGAUCACGGCUGCUAAGCUGGAGGAAGCGCAGGGAAAGAACCUCGACAUGAUCGACCGCAUCAUUCAGCUGGCACUCAAGUCGCUGCAGAAGCACCAAGUGGUGAUGAACAGAGAGAUGUGGCUCAAGGAAGCUGAAGCGUGCGAGCAGGCCGAGGCACCGUUAACGUGCGCUGCUAUUGUUCGCGCCAGCUUGGACGUUGGAGUUGAGCCUGAGGACAGAAAGCGCACAUGGAUGGACGACGCCGAGAACAGCAUCAACCGAGGCGCGCUGCUGACAGCGAAGGCCAUUUAUGCGGCUGCGCUGAAGGUUUUCCCGGGUAAGAAGUCGAUCUGGCUGCGCGCUGUCGCGCUCGAGAAGCGAGUGCAGGAGGGCAAGAGCCCCGAAUCGGUCGAGCAUUUGCUACAGAAAGCAGUCACGUGUUGUCCCCACGCUGAGAUCUUGUGGCUCAUGGCGGCCAAGGAGGUGUGGACCAACGGUUCGGUGGAGAAUGCGCGCUUGAUCUUGCGCCAAGCUUUCAGCGCCAAUCCAAACAGCGAGGCGAUUUGGCUUGCUGCUGUGAAGUUGGAGUGGGAGAACGAUGAAAUCGACUUGGCUAGAGCGUUGCUGGCGAAGGCGCGUGCUCAGGCUCCAUCGCCUCACGUGUGGAUGAAAUCGGUGCUUCUUGAGCGAGAGUGCGCCGAAAAUCGUAAGGAUGAAGAAGACCUCGUGCUGGAAGGCAUCAAACUCUACCCAGACUUCCCUAGAUUGUACAUGAUGGCGGGGCAGUUCUAUGAAGCAUUAGAGCCUCCAAACUACGAAAAGGCGAAGAAGAUGUACCGUGAGGGUGUUCAGCAUUGCCCGAAGUCAAUUCCGCUGUGGACUCUCGCUAGUCGCCUAGAGGAGAAGAUGAACGGUGUGACUAAAGCUCGUUCGGUGCUGGAAAUGGCUCGCCUCAAGAACCCGAAAAACGAUGUGCUGUGGCUGGAAGCUGCGCGACUGGAAGCCCGAUGGGACAACCCCAAGGGCCAGGAAAUGCUGAUGGCCAAGGCCCUGCAAGAGUGUCCCGAGUCUGGUAUCCUGCUGGCAGAGUCCAUCGAUAUUGCCCCUCGCGCGCAGCAGAAGCGCGCGUCGUUUACCGCGCUCAAGAAGAAAGACAACGAUCCUUCGGUUUGUUUGUCCGUCGCAAAGCUGUUCUGGCAGGAGCGGAAGUACUCCAAAGCACGCAAGUGGCUGGAGCGUACGGUUCAGCUGGACUCGGAUUUCGGAGAUGCAUGGGCCCAUUACUAUCUUUUCGAGUUGAAGCAUGGGUCUAAGGAUGCGGCCGAUAAGAUCCUAAAGCGUGGUGUGACCUCUGACCCGCAUCACGGCGAGAAAUGGACUCGCGUGUCGAAGCAGACCCAGAACCGUCGCAAGAAGGUGGAGGAGCUGAUCAAGCUCGUCAGCCUCACGCUGCCGUUUGCAGAACAACCGUAGGAGCAUCGCGGCCGGUCACUCGACUCGGGUAAGAGAGAAGAAGACUGAAGCAUCAUAC